CCAGGAAAUGCUGAGUGAGCUGGGGGAGGGAGUUCAGGGGUUAAAAGCCAUGGGUUGGGGCUGAAGUUCUAGGCAGCUGACGGCUGACACUCCUGGCGGGCCCCUCACUCAGGCCCUGCCCACCCUGCCCUCCCGAUCCCGGAGCCAUGUGGCCCCUGGCCCUAGUGAUUGCCUCCCUGACCGUGGCUUUGUCAGGAGGUAUCUCCCAGGAGUCUUCCAAGGUUCUCAACACCAAUGGGACCAGUGGGUUUCUCCCAGGUGGCUACACCUGCUUUCCCCACUCUCAGCCCUGGCAGGCAGCCCUACUAGUGCAAGGGCGGCUACUCUGUGGGGGAGUCCUGGUCCACCCCAAAUGGGUCCUCACUGCCGCACACUGUCUGAAGGAGGGGCUCAAAGUUUACCUAGGCAAGCAUGCCCUAGGGCGUGUGGAAGCUGGUGAGCAGGUGAGGGAAGUUGUCUACUCUAUCCCCCACCCUGAAUACCGGAGAAGCCCCACCCACCUGAACCACGACCAUGACAUCAUGCUUCUGGAGCUGCAGUCCCCGGUCCAGCUCACAGGCUACAUCCAAACCCUGUCCCUUUCCCACAACAACCGCCUAACCCCUGGCACCACCUGUCGGGUGUCUGGCUGGGGCACCACCACCAGUCCCCAGGUGAAUUACCCCAAAACUCUACAAUGUGCCAACAUCCAACUUCGCUCAGAUGAGGAGUGUCGUCAAGUCUACCCAGGAAAGAUCACUGACAACAUGUUGUGUGCUGGCACCAAAGAGGGUGGCAAAGACUCCUGUGAGGGUGACUCUGGGGGCCCCCUGGUCUGUAACAGAACACUGUAUGGCAUCAUCUCCUGGGGAGACUUCCCAUGUGGGCAGCCUGACCGGCCUGGUGUCUACACCCGUGUCUCAAGAUAUAUCCUGUGGAUCCGUGAAACAAUCCGAAAAUAUGAAACCCAGCAGCAAAAAUGGCUGAAGGGCCCACAAUAAAAGGUGUGAAAUAUA